AUGGCUUCCCGCGCCGCAGUACCCUUUCUCGUGACGAUGAUGCUCGUCACAGGAGUGUGCAACACACUUCUCACGAAAUAUCAGGAUAACCAAUGCGUGCGGAAUUGUCAUGGGAAAAGACCCCAACUCUUUGAGCAGCCGGUGCUCCAAACGGCGCAGAUGUUCGUAGGCGAGAUGGGGUGCUGGCUCGUCAUUGCACUGAUGGCUGCGUAUCGGCGCAUCGUCUCUCGACCGUCCCCCGAGGAACGCGGCUACGAAACUGUCAACACCACUGAUAAUGCAGAACAUGAAGAGCAGAGAAACAGGCCCAAGCCAGACGGGGAUUGUCCGUCCGUCCUCCGAGGAUUCCGCGUCAUUCUCCUGGCGCUUCCUGCAAUUUGCGAUAUCUGCGGUACCACCCUUAUGAAUGCAGGACUACUCCUCGUUGCUGCAUCCAUCUAUCAAAUGACUAGAGGUGCCCUUGUAUUAUUCGUCGGUCUCUUCAGCGUCAUGUUUCUCCGUAGACAUCUUUAUCUAUUCCAAUGGCUCUCUCUCGUUGGCGUUGUGUUAGGUGUCGCUAUCGUGGGCUUAGCUGGGGCUAUCUGGCCUGAUGAGAAACAAAUAUCCCAGAAUGGUGGCAGCUCUGUCGUUGAUGACGGUUCCAGUGGAGGACUUUCAGGCGCCGCAAGAGCUGUCAUCGGGGUACUCCUAAUAGCUGGAGCUCAGAUAUUUACAGCAACACAAUUCGUGCUAGAGGAAUGGAUGCUGGAGAACUCGACCAUCGCGCCGAUCAAGGUCGUCGGCUGGGAAGGUAUCUUUGGUUUCUCGUUCACACUCUUGGUUAUGGUUGUCAUGCACUUCCUGGUUGGGCGUACAGAAACUGGGCGCUAUGGCCCAUUUGACAUAGCCGAGGGUAUUCGACAAAUGUCCCAACCAAAGAUUUGGAUCUCUAGCGUUCUGAUUAUGAUCAGUAUUGGGUGA